AUGGAGGAGAGUCUUUGUGGAAGAUCAGUCAGAUCCUCCUGGCGCUUGGUUACUCACGAUCGAGAGGCCUUCGGGCCAAAUGUUGAGAGUCUGCCGGCGGCUCGGCGGCUGUCAGGGACGAUCUGUUCAGAUGUUUGUCACCAGACGGUCGUGAUGCAGAUGAAAGACUGCGGUGUGUUCACAGGUCCUCAGCUAGCUUCAUUGUUGAUUUUCAUUGUGCUUCUCUCCUCUAUCUAUAUCUCACAGCUGUGGUGCGAUUUCGACAAGUCCAGCACCUUCAGGAACCAGACGUACAACGAGUCGACCUCCAUCCCAGACAUCUGCUUCUACCCAGAGUAUUUCGUGUUUACUGGUGUGCUGGCGAUGGUGACGUGUGCCGUCUUCCUGCGGUUGAACUCGGUGUUGAAGCUGGCCGUGCUGCUGGUGAUGAUCGCCAUCUACUCGCUGCUGACCGAAGCUUUCUACACCUCGCUGUUCGUCCGCUACGACACCGUCCACCACAACACAGAAAACUUCCUGGGAACCAAAGAGACGUCGUUGCUCCUGAUGGCCAUGUUCCUCCUCGCUGUGUUUUACCACGGCCAGCAGUUGGAGUACACGGCCCGGCUGGACUUCCUGUGGCGCGUUCAGGCCAAAGAGGAGAUCAACGAGAUGAAGGAGCUGCGAGAACACAACGAGAACAUGCUGCGGAACAUCCUGCCGAGCCACGUGGCCCGACACUUCCUGGAGAAGGACCGGGACAACGAGGAGCUCUACUCGCAGUCCUACGACGCCGUGGGUGUGAUGUUCGCCUCCAUCCCGGGCUUCGCAGACUUCUACUCCCAGACCGAGAUGAAUAACCAGGGAGUCGAGUGCCUGCGGCUUCUCAACGAGAUCAUCGCCGACUUUGACGAGUUGCUGGGUGAAGAUCGUUUCCAGGACAUCGAGAAGAUCAAGACGAUCGGCAGCACCUACAUGGCCGUCUCUGGUCUGUCACCAGAGAAACAGCAAUGUGAAGAUAAGUGGGGUCACCUCUGUGCGUUGGCCGACUUCGCCAUUGCGCUCAACGAGAGCAUCCAGGAGAUCAACAAGCACUCGUUCAACAACUUCGAGCUGAGGAUUGGUAUGGCUCACGGCUCAGUGGUGGCGGGCGUGAUCGGCGCCAAGAAGCCACAGUACGACAUCUGGGGGAAGACGGUGAACCUGGCCAGCCGAAUGGACAGCACAGGCGUGAGCGGCAAGAUCCAGGUCCCAGAGGACACCUACCUUAUCCUGAAGGAGCGCGGCUUUGCCUUCGAGUACCGCGGCGAGAUCUACGUGAAGGGCAUCAGCGAACAAGAGGGCAAGAUCCGAACGCACUACCUGAUGGGCCGUGUGCAGCCCAACCCACUCAUCAUGCAGCCGCGCAAAAUCACCGGCCAGUACUCGCUGGCGGCUGUGGUGCUCGGCCUGGUCCAGUCGCUCAACCGGCAGAAGCAAAAGCAGAUCCUCAACGAGAACAACAACUCGGGCAUCAUGAAGGGCCACCACCACUACAACAGGAGGACGUUGUUAGCGCCCGGUGGCUCCGAGGUGGGCGGCGGGCAUCAUGCCGAGGUAGCCGAUAAGACUGAGCUGUCCUGA